AUGAGUAUACGUUCAAAAAUCACUUCCGGUUUAAAUGGCUUCUCAACAGUACUUUCGCCUGGUUCCGAUUCGGAUCGAGAAGCGUUGACCGAAUCGGCUGAACCAGUUAAUGGACAGUUGCCUUCCACUCGGAAUCGGAAGAAUAACGGAUGGUUCAGUUCAGUUUCUGGUGAAGAAACACUUUUUGGGAUGUCAAGAAUGCAAAGGAUUACCGCUUUUUUCAUGUCAAUUACAGCAGCCUUCUUGUGUUUUGGCACGGCGGUAAUUUUACUACCAACAAUUGUUAUCCAAGCUCGAAAAUUUGCAGCACUGAAUACGCUUGGAUCAGUUAUGCUUAUUUUGAGGUUUGUUCUUUCAUUUUUACUUUUAGGCUACAUUUUUUUGUGCCUGCACCUCAAAUUGAGGCACAAUUUAAGUCUUUUCAAUACUAGUUUUUUUGAAGUGAAUAUCUUGAUAAAAGCGGCUUUGUACAGAGGUGAGGUAGAAGAAAAUGCAGUUGAAAAUUAUAUGCUAAGCGCCACUAAAAAUUGA